CAUCCGCUGGCAUAAAUUGGGAGAGCUUCCCUUCUCUUCCUUUAUUUUUUUUUGUUUUCCGGGAAGUUUAAUGGACGCGCUGCCAAUACACCAAAGGCAUACUUCAUCUGCUACAGGAAGUCGCGCAGGCAGUACAAGCGGUAGCACGGGCAGUGGCGCUGGUGGUGGCAGUGGUGGUGGCGGGUUGAACAUUUUAAAAUCGCCUUCAGGAUUAAGCCCAUCGUCAGCUGCUGCUGCUGCUGCAACUAGUACAGCAGGCAGCACACAACGCGAUCAACAAGUCGAAAAGCUUCUUAAAGAAGUCAGACAUUUGAAGCAAAAAGUGGAUAUCCUCGACAAGGAAAACAUUGCUUUGAAAAAGAGCAUUUACGAUCUGUCGGCACGUUACGCUGCUUCAAUCUCACAAGGUGGUCUUUCUUAUCGUCCGGGUCCAUUUGUGAUUGAGAAUGACACGGCAGCUAGUUCAAAGGCAAUGAUCGGAUCAAAAGCCCAAGAAGUUAUUUCAAUGGCGGUAAAAGAGGCUGGUGGAAAUGUCGAUGGCUACCAACCAGGUUAUACACAUGAUGGAAAAGCAUUCGAAAUGCGAUACGAACUCAAAGGUCACACUGCUGCAGUAUAUACAGUCGAAUUCUCACCUAAUGGAAGCUUACUUGCAUCUGGUUCUUUUGAUAAAACCGUGCGGAUAUGGGAUACUGCAUCAGCUCAAAAGGAGAUGAUGUGCCUCAAGGGCCAUACGCUCAAUAUAUCGGAUGUAGCUUGGACUUCCGAAUCUAAUAUGCUUGUAUCUGGAGGUUAUGACGAAACUUGCAAAACUUGGGAUGUGGAAACGGGAAAGCUUACUGGAAGCUUUGAUAUGGAAGGCUUUGUUCAAUGCGUGAAUUGGGAUUUCAUGAAUUCCAAUAUAUUCUAUGCUGGUACUUCUCGCAAGGUGCUUGCAACUGUCGACACACGUGUACCUUCUCCUAACAACACAACAGUGAUACGAAACGAUGCCAUGGUCAAUACCCUCUACGCCUCAAGGGAUGGUGUUCACGUGAUUACAGGCGAUGCACAGGGCAUGCUAAAAGUUUGGGAUAUACGAUCACAAACAUGCAUAUCUAGCACUGCCAACGGUACCGGAAAGAUGCCUAUUACACAUAUAACUAUUGGACGGCGCAGAACGGAUGCAUCACGGAGAGCCGUGGAUGACUAUGACGAACCACGAUAUAUGGCUGUCAAUAGCUUUGAUAACAUCCUACGAAUCUAUGACCGCGGCAUGGAUCCACCAAAAUCAGAUACCCGGUUGGUUCAUACACUGAAAGGAUUCAAAAACAAAAACUGGCCUGUUAAAUCUUCAUUUUACUGUGGAAGCGGAUACAACGCUUCGAUUCUUACACGACCUUCGGCAGCGACAGUUGGUGAUAAAGAAUCUGACUCACUCCUCGGCUCUGGUGGUGACUAUCUAGAGCUUCCAGAGAUGAAAGAGGAAAAGAGCGUACUACUUGCUACAGGAAGCGCAGAUCCAUAUGCAUAUCUCUACAAUGUGGGCGAGAAUUAAUGCAACGACUUGAAGGCCACACUGAUCGAGUGUAUGCUGUCAAUUUCCAUCCAACUGAGCCGAUUCUUGCGAGCGGUUCUGCCGACUUUACAGUCAAAGUCUGGGGACCCACUCUGUCACGAGGGAAAAAGAAAACGAUUGUUUAAACAAGCCUGUAUACGGCUUUUUUGUAUAUCAUCA